CCUCCCUGAAACAGGAAGUGGCAUUCUGGUAAUAACAGCACCUUGACUCCCCCUCCUCCCACAACAAUAAAAGAGAGACGGAUUGCACAUUUUUUAGAACACCGUGUCAGAAACUCACAUCAACGUCAAUAAAGCCCGGGGGGUUUAAAGUCACACCGCAGGCAGCCAUGCUGUCGGACGCAGACUACUCUGGUAAUGCCUCUGGUGCUCGGCGAGCCAAGAAGAGGAGCUCCGGGGAGUCACCGGGGGACGGCCAGACCCUGCGCUCCUCUGGAAGACAGAUCAACGUCCGGGUGAAACGCACCAACAACCCGCCACCUGGACAGAGCAAAAGAAAAGCCACAGACACGGAGGAGGAAGACGAUCAGUCCGAGAAGAAGUACAGAAAGUGUGAGAAGGCUGGAUGCUCUGCCACGUACCCUGUUUGUUUUGCAAGUGCAUCUGAAAGGUGUGCUAAAAAUGGGUACACAUCGCGCUGGUAUCACCUGUCAUGUGGGGAACAUUUUUGCAACGAAUGUUUCGAUCACUACUACAGAAGUCAUAAAGAUGGUUAUGAGAUCUUUGCGUCAUGGAAGAAGGUGUGGACCAGUAACGGGAAGAGUGAACCCAGUCUUAAAGCUUUCAUGGCUGAUCAGCAGCUGCCAUUCUGGGUUCAAUGCACCAAACCCGACUGUAGGAAGUGGCGUCAGCUGACCAAGGAGAUCCAACUCACUGCUUCCCUAGCAGCAACAUAUCGCUGUGGAAUGAAAUUCAACAACAUUAAAAGUGAGGGACCGGACCAGUGCUCCCAACCGGAGGACUUGAGAGUGGCCGAGGUGACAGACAGCUGGUGGCAUUCAAUGCUGAUUUUGCCGCCACUCUUUAAAGAGAGUCCAGCCAGCCCUUUCCUCGCUGCCUACUACCCCGACUGUGUGGGAAUGAGUCCAUCAGGUUCAACCUGCAACAUGUCUCUGUCUGAGCUGAGGGCAGAUCACUGCAGAGCUGUACAGCCACAAAUUCCAGGUCUGUGUCCAUACUUCCAGCCUUUCUAUCAGCCUAAUGAGUGCGGCAAGGCUUUAUGUGUGCGGCCGGAUAUGAUGGAGCUGGAUGAGCUUUACGAGUUUCCUGAAUUUUCCCGCGAUCCCACCAUGUAUUUGGCUCUGCGUAACCUUAUUCUGGCCUCCUGGCACAAAAACUGCAAGGAGAUGUUGACUUCUCAAAAAUGUGCGCUGCACAUCAUUGUCCGGGGGUUGGUGCGUGUACGCUGCGUGCAGGAGAUGGACCGGGUUCUCAACUUUAUGACCAGAAAGGGUCUGAUCAACACAGGUGUGCUGGCAGUCAAACGGCCCCUCCUCCCUGAAAGAUAUCACUCUAAGAACGUUAUCGUCAUCGGUGCCGGGGCUUCAGGGCUGGCUGCUGCACGGCAGCUGCAAAACUUUGGCACUCAGGUGGUGGUGCUUGAGGCAAGGGAGAGAAUUGGAGGUCGAGUGUGGGAUGAUGCCUCCCUAGGCGUCACUGUGGGUCGGGGAGCUCAAAUUGUCAAUGGCUGUGUAAACAACCCCAUUGCCCUGAUGUGUGAACAGAUGGGCAUCAAGAUGCACAAGCUGGGAGAGCGCUGUGACCUGUUUCAGGAGGGAGGACAGGUAACUGACCCGGCCAUUGACAAGCGCAUGGACUUCCACUUCAACGCCAUCCUGGAUGUGGUGUCAGAGUGGAGGAAGGACAAAUCACAGAACCAGGACACCCCACUGGGAGAAAAAGUCCAGGAAGUGAAGAAGAACUUUCUUCAGGAGUCUGGGAUCCAGUUUAGUGAGUUGGAGGAGAAAGUUCUUCAGUUCCAUCUCAGCAACCUGGAGUAUGCCUGUGGAAGCACGUUAGACCAGGUAUCGGCAAGAUCCUGGGACCACAAUGAGUUUUUUGCCCAAUUCUCAGGAGACCACACUUUACUCACCAAGGGCUACUCUGUUUUACUCCACAAACUGGCCGAGGGCCUCGACAUCCGCACUAAGUGUCCGGUCCAGGCCAUUGACUACUCAGGUGACGUUGUCAAAGUUAUCUCUUCUAAUGGGUCCCAGUGGACAGCACAGAAGGUUCUUGUUACAGUCCCAUUGACUUUACUUCAGAAGAAUGUGAUUCAGUUCAACCCUCCACUUCCUGAAAGGAAACUGAAAGCAAUUCACAGUCUGGGAGUUGGCAUCAUAGAAAAAAUUGCUCUUCAGUUCCCGUACAGAUUCUGGGACAACAAAAUCCAAGGGGCAGACUACUUUGGUCACAUCCCACCAAGUCCUGACAAGAGAGGCAUGUUCAGUGUCUUCUAUGACAUGGAUCCACAGGGAAAGCAGGCUGUCCUCAUGUCAGUUAUCACUGGAGAUGCUGUACCUGCUGUUCGGGACAUGGAGGACAAGGAGGUGGUGGACGAGUGUGUGAAGGUUCUGCGUGAACUUUUCAAGGAACAGGAGGUCCCAGAGCCACUGAAUUACUUUGUCACACGUUGGAGCAAAGACAUGUGGUCCCAGAUGUCCUACAGUUUUGUCAAGACCGGGGGCAGCGGUGAGGCCUAUGACAUCCUUGCUGAAGACGUACAGGGAAAAGUCUUCUUUGCUGGCGAGGCCACCAACAGGCACUUCCCCCAGACUGUGACAGGAGCCUACCUCAGCGGGGUCCGAGAGGCCAGCAAGAUGGCUGCUAUGUAAACUGUCGGUCCCAGAGCACUCAAAAACACCAGCAUGGACACACGGGUUGCACUGACCAGCAGACCGUUAAUCAACUCCGACUGUGUUACCUUAAUCGCUCCACUUGAAAUGAAGUCUCACCAUACUGUGAUGUGUCUGAUCAGUAAGGCGGUGUUAGUCACUUUCCAAUAGCAGGGUCAAUUCGAGCUCUCCAGGGCCUGGCUCUGCAUAUUUAACACAAGAGAGGUUAAAGUACUUUUUAUUUAUAUCAAGAACUACAGCUAGCAAGUGGUUUUUGUUGACGACAAGAUGCAAAAAAAAAAAAAAAAAAAAAACUUAAUAGCAAGGCAGUGCAGCUCUGCCCUGGUCCGCUGUGCUGGAAAGGACGAUGACAUUAUCUUGAAAUUGUUCUGAGUUCAGUGAUUGGUGUAUGUAGC